UAAUUGCUUCCAAUGAGGUCAGCAAAGGUAUUUAUCGAAAAGCCCUGAAUAAAAGGCUCCACACACAUACACACAAGCAUAUACGCACUCACACACAGAGAGAAAUCCUCUUGCCUGUUGAUUUAUGGAAACAAUUAUGAUUCUGCUGGAGAAUUUCUCAGCUGAGAAAUAGUUUGUAGCUACAGUAGAGAGGCUCAAGUUGCACAAGGCAGACGACAGACAUGGGAUUCUUGUGUGUCCAGCUGUUAUCAACAGAACAAAAGUCAAGUAGCAAACAGCGUCGCAGCAACUGAGCUUCCUACAACCUGUUUGUAUAAGGAUAUACCAACAGAGUUUUAAAAGGAGGAAUCCUGUAUUGUUAUCAGGAACUAAAAGGAUAAGGCUAACAAUUUGGAAAGAGCAACUACUCCUUCUUAAAUCAACCUACAAUUCACAGAUAGGAAGAGGUCAAUGACCUAGGGGCAACAAUCAACUCAAGAUUUAAUUUUCAUUAUGUUAUUCAUGAAAACCCGGAGCACUACACUAUAAUGCGCAAAUGGAUACUGACAUGGAUCCUGCCAACUUUGCUCUACAGUUCAUGCUUUCACAUUAUCUGUCUCGUGGGCACUAUAUCUUUAGCUUGCAAUGACAUGACUCCAGAGCAAAUGGCUACCAAUGUGAACUGUUCCAGCCCCGAGCGACACACAAGAAGUUAUGAUUACAUGGAAGGAGGGGAUAUAAGAGUGAGAAGACUCUUCUGUCGAACACAGUGGUAUCUGAGAAUUGAUAAACGAGGCAAAGUCAAAGGGACCCAAGAGAUGAAGAACAAUUACAAUAUAAUGGAAAUCAGGACAGUGGAGGUUGGAAUUGUGGCAAUCAAAGGGGUGGAAAGUGAAUAUUUUCUUGCAAUGAACAAGGAAGGAAAACUCUAUGCAAAGAAAGAAUGCAAUGAAGAUUGCAACUUCAAAGAAUUAAUUCUGGAAAAUCAUUACAACACAUAUGCAUCAGCUAAAUGGACACACAGUGGAGGAGAAAUGUUUGUAGCCUUAAAUCAAAAGGGUGUUCCUGUAAAAGGGAAAAAAACGAAGAAAGAACAAAAAACAGCUCACUUUCUUCCUAUGGCAAUAACCUAAUCAUAUAUGGUAUAUAAGAAACCAGUUCCAGCAGGGAGAUUUCUUUAAGUGGACUGUUUUCUUUCUUUUUCUUCUUUUCUUUCUUUUUUUUUUUUUUUUAAAGUAACCAAGAAAGGCUGGAAAACUACUGAAAACUGAUCAAGCUGGACUUGCGCAUUUAUGUUUAUUUUAAGAGACUGCAUUAAAGAAAUUUGAAAAAUAUACACAAAAAUCAGAUUUAGUAACUAAAAGUUGUAAAAAGUUGUAAAACUGGUUGUACAAUCAUGAUGUUAGUAAUAGUAAUGUUUUUUCUUAAAUUAAUUUACCCUUAAGAGUAUGUUAGAUUUGAUAAUCUGAUAAUGAUUAUUUAAAUAUCCCUAUCUGCUUAUUAAAAUGGCUGCUAUAAUAAUAAAAAUGCAGAUGAUGUUAUAUAAGAUAUGUCAGACCUAAAGGCUGCUGGAAUGAUUUGUCAGAUAAUCAAGCCAAUGCUAACUAUGGAAGAUGAGCAGUAUUUGAAAUGCUUUCUGGUGAAACAUUAUAAUUCUUUUAAACUCUAAUCAGAAAAAAAGGAAUAUUCUCCAAAAUUCUAUUCUGGAAUUGAAUCAAAAUGUAGUUUUACAAAAGUAUAGGAUUAGAAUAUGUUUGUACCUAUAAACAAGAACAAAAUUCCUAAUGCUGCUCAAAUUGAAAGGGUUUUGCUACAAAGAAGUGUUCAAAAAUCUUGUAUGUAAAAUAGCAAUAAUGGUGAUAAUACUGUACUUCAUCUCACUUGCCACAAAAUAACAUUUUAUAAUCCCUAAAAGUUAAAAUUCGAAAUACUUUAAGUAACUUCAAGUAACAUAAUCUAUCUUUUGUAUAAUUCAUAUUCAGAAAUAUGGCUUUUAAUAAUGUUUCUCCCACAAAUAAUCAUGCUUUUUUUCCUGUGGUUACAGCAUUAAACUCUAUUUUAAGGUGUAUUUGAACUUUAUUGUUUUGUUAUUAAAGUUUAUGUUAUUUAUAAAAACAAAACAAAACAAAACCACCUUAGUAAGCUGUAUCUGUUUCAUAUGCUUUUAAUUCUGAAGCAAUAACAAAACGGUCUGGCUCCACUGCAAGCUGCCCCUCCCAUGCUGAGCAACAGCAGGUCUAGUGCACAGCACUUGGGCCAGCAAAGCCGGGAUGACAGACAGAAAGGACAGCCUGCAGCAGUUCUUACAAUAGAUGUCUCAUAGGGCACAGUACAAAAAUGUGAACUAUGUUUUGCCACAUACUCUUGUCAAUUAAACGGACUCAUAUAAGCAAAGUCACUGCUGACAGAAGAACUUACAGGAUUUUAAAGUUAGACUGUAUUUGAGUUCAUGAGUAGAAAACUACCAUCUUUUAAAAACAUGCAUAUUUAAAGCUAGUAGCUUUUCUAAUGUCUAGAAAUCUCUGCCAUUCAAAAUAAGGCAGAAUUAAAAGUUGUUUCCCUGUUAGAUGGAAGAGCACAAUGCCCAAAAUAGGGUACCGAGGCCCCGAAUAUCUCAUGAAGGCUUGAGGUUAGGCUAAGAUAAUAGGCUUAUCAGGAAAAAUAAAUUUCCCCUCAUAACUCUUUCACUGGCAGAUUUGGUAGCACUUUAUAUAUUCAUUAAAAAAAGGUCAACGUUUAUCUAAAUUACUGGUAUGUUCACCAUGGUGGCUUUAAUUUUAAAUUAUUUGUCACUCAAGUCCCUUUUAUUUUACAUAAAUAUUACCUGGUAAUACUUUUAUAGGUGAGAGUUACAUGAAAAGUCUAAGUCAACAGAAACAACAGAUUCUUUGGAUUUUCUUGUGGCUCAACUACAUGAUGAAGGUGCAGGAGGCUAGAAAGAACUGCCCUUUGUCAGAUACACUCUGGGGAGAUGCCACAAAUGAUAUUCUUAACUAUUAUCUGAUUGAAGGGCCUUGCCAGCCUUAGUUCCUAGAGCAGGCUUCGGUGAGUGGAGUUUUGUGAACAUGUGAGGGCAGAGGAGGACUAUGCUUUUCAUAUUUGUUUCCUUAGAAUGCAGCAGAAUGUCUAUAAUUAAUUUUAUAUUGAUUGAUUCAGUGUUUGAAUAUCAAAGUAAAUUAAUAAUGAAGUCUCAUUAAU